GGCGUCCUGCGAGUCCAAAACACAUGUAAACACUUACAAAACCACUGCCUGUGAGGUUUCUCUACAUUUUACAAGGUCGUGCCGUAGCAACAACAAACUUAAGGAGAUAUCGAGAAUAAUAUGAAGAUUUUAAUCGGAGGGGGCUCUGGAUUCGUGGGUCGGGAGCUGACUCGUCUGCUCAAAACCAAAGGUCAUGAGGUCACGGUGGUUUCCCGUCAGCCUGGCCCCGGCAAGAUCACAUGGACAGAGCUGGAGUCCAGCGGACUUCCCGUUUGUGACGGGGCAGUGAAUCUGUCUGGAGAAAACAUCAUGAACCCACUGCGAUGGUGGAAUGACAGUUAUAAAAAGGACUUGUUCUCCAGUCGAAUAGACACGACCAAAGCUCUGUCCGGCGCCAUCGCCUCGUCGCCCAGCCCCCCGCGCUCCUGGGUCCUAGUGUCUGGAGUGGCCUGUUACCAGCCCAGUCUCACAGCUCAGUACACAGAGGACAGUCCGUGGACGCCCUUUGACCUUCUGUCUAAUCUGGUGAAGGAGUGGGAGGCGGCGGCAGAGUUACCUGAAAAUGUGGCUCAGACGACCAGACAAGUGGUGAUCCGGCCUGGCGCAGUUUUGGGUCGAGACGGUGGAGCCAUUAAACAGAUGUGGCUUCCCUUUUGGCUCGGAGUGGGCGGGACUCUGGGCUCGGGCCGCCAGCCGUUUCCAUGGAUACACGUCGCUGAUCUGGCGGGAAUCAUCGCUCACUUCCUGGAAACUCCCCCAGAAGCCGCUCCCACCGCUUCCCCUCAGGUGUACAACGGCGUCGCCCCUUCUCUUAACACAAAUUACGAGUUUACAAAAGAGUUUGGCAGGAUUUUGAAUCGGCCGACUGUCUUUCCUGUGCCUGCUUUUAUGAUGAACGCUUUACUAGGAUCCGAACGAGCCGUAAUUUUAACCCAGGGUCAAAAGGUCAUCCCGAAAAGGACUCUGGAGGCGGGAUAUCAGUACAAGUAUCCAGAUUUGAGCUCAGCGCUGAAGGAAAUAGUGGGUUAGUUCAUUUAUUUGUAUGUAGAAGACAGAAGUGCAUCUAUUGGCAAUGUACAGGUCGUCUCCAGCGGUUUGAGUCCAGAAUGAGAUUUAUAUCAAGACUUUGUGCAUUAUUAUUAUUCAUUUUAAGCUGCCAUGAACUGUAAACCAUAAAAUACAAAUGUUAUUAUGUCUCAGGCCCCAUUCUUGUUUAAAGGAAUCCCACCAAUCCUUCUAUGAUUCCAUCCUCAGACCCAAAGCAAACAAAAAGAACAAUAGGAGGGCCAUUAACGGUUGAAUAGGGUCAUUAAGACUGUAAACAAAAGCUGUUUACAGUUUGUGUCGUUCGCGCCUCCUUCAGACAGAUAUAAGGCAGUGUCCAGCAGGAAUCUGACCACAACUGAAGAAGUGUCUUUGACGAGCAGUGAAACGUCUUCACUCUUCACAGAUUUAAACUUCGUCUUUUGCUAUUUACUUGGAAAGUUCCACAGUAUAGCAUUAAACGUAUUGAAAUAGUUCUGUUAUGGCUGUUGUGCUCCUAAUGACUUUUGAGUGUUAUUUAUGAGGAGCUUUGUAUUUUCUUGAUCAGUGGAAAACAAAUCCAAAAAUCAAAGUGUUUGGACCAGGUACAGGGCGACGUAACUGAACUCACACCAGAAAAUCCUCCAGUCUGUUUGGCAAUUUUAAAUCAAAUGUUUGGAAUAUUAGAAAAUGUAAAUAAAAUGGUGUUUUCAGUU